GCGUUUCCGGGCGCCGGGGCCCAGCACCGCCCUCGCCGCCGGGCGCGCCUUCGCUGCGCGUCGCGCCGAGCCUUGUCCGCCGCUCCCGUUACCGGGGCAACCGCGCCGCCUCCUCCGUGCCGGCCCCGAUAGUCUCUCCGCGCCAUUUUCAAACUGCUGUAGCUCCGGAGCCGGUGGCUGGGCGGAAGGAGCCAGCGAGGAAGGCGAGUCCCGGAGGCGAUGCGGCCGCGGGCGGAGGGAGCGGCGGCCGAAGCUGCCGGACUUUAAUUUUUAGGAGUGAAUAAAACCAGUUUUUAGAAGACAAAAUGACUACAGCUGUAGAAAGAAAGUAUAUUCAUAUUAGAAAAAGAUUGGAUCAGCUGGGAUACCGCCAGACUCUGACAGUGGAGUGUUUACCUUUAGUAGAAAAACUUUUCAGUGACCUAGUUCAUACAACAGAAAGCCUUCGGCAGUCAAAAUUAUCUGCUGUGAAAGCAGAAAAAGAAAGUGCCAAUUUUGAUUUUGUUUUGGAACCUUAUAAACUUGAAAAUGGAAGAUUAAGUAGGGAAAAUAAUGAAUUAUACCUGGAGCUAAUGAAACUGAGAGAACACUCAGACCAACACAUUAAAGAGUUGAAAACUACAGUGAAGAAGUGUGCACGUGAAACAGCUGAUCUAAAAUUUCUGAAUAACCAAUAUGUUCAUAAACUCAAAGUUUUGGAGAAAGAAAGCAAAGCUAAGAAUGAAAAAAUUCAACAACUUCAAGAAAAAAAUUUGCAAGCUGUAGUACAAACUCCAGGUGGCAAGAAAAGAAGUAUCGCUUUUAGGCGCCAGCGUAUGCAAAUUGAUGAACCGGUCCCUCCCUCUGAAGUCAGUUCGUAUCCGGUUCCACAGCCAGAUGACCCUUACAUUGCAGACCUCCUGCAAGUGGCUGAUAACAGGAUUCAAGAACUUCAACAGGAAGUCCACCAGUUACAAGAGAAGUUAGCAGUGAUGGAAAAUGGAGUGAGAGAUUAUAGCAAGCAGAUUGAGCUAAGAGAACGAGAAAUAGAACGACUGUCAGUUGCUUUGGAUGGCGGUCGCUCCCCUGAUGUCCUCUCUCUGGAGUCCAGAAAUAAAGCCAAUGAAAAGCUUAUUGCUCAUUUAAAUAUUCAGGUUGACUUUCUUCAGCAAGCUAAUAAAGACCUGGAGAAGCAUAUACAAGAGCUUAUGGAAACCAAGGAUACGGUGACAUCUGAAGUUGUUAAUUUAAGUAACAAAAAUGAAAAACUCUGCCAAGAAUUAACUGAAAUAGACCAGUUAGCACAGCAGUUGGAAAGACAUAAGGAAGAGGUCCUCCAGACUGCCGAUAAAGAACUUGGGGAAGCAAAGAAAGAAAUUAAAAGAAAGCUCUCCGAAAUGCGGGAUCUUGAAGAAACAGUGGCAAAACUUCAACUGGAAUUAAACUUAUGCCAUAAAGAAAAGGAGAAACUGAGUGAUGAACUCCUUAUAAAAUCAGACCUGGAAACUGUUGUUCAUCAGCUUGAACAAGAAAAGCAAAGACUUAGCAAAAAAAUUGAAAAUUUUGCAGUUACAGAAAGAGAACUAACUGUGGAAAUUGAGAGGAUGAGACUAGAACAUGGAAUAAAACGGCGAGACAAGUCACCUUCUCGUUUAGAUACAUUUCUGAAAGGUAUAGAAGAAGAACGAGAUUACUAUAAGAAAGAGCUAGAAAGACUCCAACAUAUAAUACAGCGACGAUCUUGCUCUGCAAAUUAUGGUGCGCGUGAAAAAAGUUCAACAUAUAGAGCACUAGAAAAGGGUGAUUACAAUUCAGAAAUUCAUCUGAUCACAAGAGAAAGAGAUGAACUUCAGCGUAUGCUAGAAAGAUUCGAAAAAUAUAUGGAGGAUAUACAAUCCAAUGUUAAAUUACUGACAGCAGAAAGAGAUAAAUUAAGCGUCUUAUAUAAUGAAGCCCAGGAAGAAUUAUCAGCCCUAAGACAGGAAUCCACCCAAAGUACAGCCUCCCAUAAUAUUGUUAGUCUUAUGGAAAAGGAAAAAGAACUUGCACUGUCUGACUUAAGAAGAAUUAUGGCAGAAAAGGAAGCUUUAAGAGAAAAGUUAAAAAAUAUUGAGGAAAUGAGUCUUCAUGGAAAGUCAGAAUUAGAGAAAACUAUUGAACAUUUGACAUGUGUUAAUCAUCAGCUUGAAAGUGAAAAAUAUGAAUUAAAGUCUAAAAUGUUAUUAAUGAAAGAAACAAUAGAGUCAUUAGAGAACAAAUCAAAACUCCAAGCUCAAAAACUUAGCCAUGCGACUGGUGACUCAUCUCAUCACAAGACAGAGGUGAACUCACUUAGGAUGGUAAAUGAGCAGCUACAGCGGUCACUUGAUGACCAUCAGCAUCGACUUUCCAUGAAAAGAGGUGAACUUGAAUCAGCCCAAGCACAAAUUAAAAUACUGGAGGAAAAAAUAGAUAAACUAAACCUUAAGAUGACUUCACAGGAUGAGGAGGCUCAUGUAAUGAAAAAGACCAUAGGUGUUAUUGAUAAAGAAAAAGACUUUCUUCAGGAGACCGUAGAUGAGAAGACAGAAAAGCUUGCAAAUUUGCAAGAAGAUCUAGUUAAUAAAGAAAAAGCUAUUGCUCAGAUGACGAUAACAAUCUCAGAGUAUGAAUUAUCUAUGAACCAGCUAAAGGAAACACUGACUAAUCGAGAACGUGAGAUAAGCAGCCUCCGGCGCCAGCUUGAUGCAGCUCACAAAGAACUUGAUGAAGUAGGAAGAUCGAGAGAAAUAUCUUUUAAGGAAAACAGAAGAUUACAAGAUGAUCUGGCCACAAUGGCAAGAGAAAACCAGGAAAUCUCAUUGGAAUUGGAAGCAGCAGUGCAAGAAAAAGAAGAUAUGAAGAAUAGAGUUCAUAAUUACAUAACUGAGGUGUCACGAUGGGAGAGCUUAAUGGCUGCUAAGGAAAAAGAAAAUCAAGAUUUGUUGGAUAGAUUUCAGAUGCUCCAUAACCGGGCUGAAGACUGGGAGGUGAAAGCCCAUCAGGCUGAGGGAGAAAGCAGCUCCGUGCGCCUGGAACUUCUUUCUAUUGACACAGAGAGGAGACACCUUCGAGAAAGAGUGGACUUGUUAGAAAAAGAAAUUCAAGAGCACAUAAAUGCCCAUCAUGCUUAUGAAUCUCAGAUCUCGUCAAUGGCAAAAGCCAUGUCUAGAUUAGAAGAAGAGCUGAGACAUCAAGAAGAUGAGAAAGCAGCAGUUUUAAAUGAUUUGUCAUCUCUGAGAGAACUUUGCAUUAAGCUUGAUUCAGGCAAAGAUAUUAUGACCCAACAAUUGAAUUCCAAACACCUUGAGUUUGAGAGGGUUGCAGCGGAAUUAGAAAAUGUAAAAUCGGAGUCAGACCUGUUAAAAAAACAACUAUCAAAUGAGAGACAUACAGUUAAAAACCUCGAAUCAUUGUUGGCUACAAAUAGAGACAAAGAAUUUCAUUCUCAUUUAAGCUCCCAUGAGAAGGAUACAGAAAUUCAGCUACUUAAAGAGAAGUUAACCCUUUCAGAAAGCAAAUUAACUAGUCAAAGCCGGGAAAAUACCAUGCUUCGAGCUAAAGUGUUACAGUUACAAACAGAUUUUGAUGCUUUGAAAAGACAGAUUUCAGCUGAAAGAUAUGAACGGGAACGAGCAAUCCAAGAGAUGCGCCGCCAUGGGCUUCCCACACCACCCUUUAGUUCUACUCUGAGGUCUCCUUCACCUUCUCCUGAACGUCUAAAUGUGUAAUUAUCGAAAGAAUAAUGGUUUUCAAUGAGUUCCUGUAUGGAUGUUUAAAAGAACAGAACAGUAAUGAAAUAUUUGAAGUACUUGUUCCUGAAAAUCAUGAACAUUGACACAAAUUCUACCUCUGUCAACUCCUAUUUAAAUCAGUGAAUAUUUAUGUUAAAAAGUUUGGUUUAAAAGAACUGUACUUAGGUGUAUAUUUUCAUAUGUAUGACAGAACAAAAUAUGUAUUAAUGGUGCUUUACUGAUAUUAUAUCUGUAUUUUUAUUCCUGACUUAAAUUACUUCUCAAAGUAUGUUUAUGCUGUGAAUUAAUAUAAUGUAUUGUUCACAUUAAAUUUUAAUAAUAUGUUUCUUAAUGAGCCAUGAUAUAUAUAUGUAAAUAUUCUUACAAUACUUUAGUUUUCAUGCCUGUGUUUAUAACCUAUAUCUUAAUGUAUUCACAAAGAAUUAUUAACUUUGAUGCUAUGCUGUCAUGCUUAGCUUUUUUUUCAUAAAACUAUUCACAGAUUUACUCUCUAUCAAGGGGAAUAUAUUUAGAUCUAGUAUUAUAAUCGCAGAGGUCUUGAUAAAAUAAUGAUUACCAUAUAUAAUUUGUUAUUGCCAUCUAGAAGAACUAUGAUGGGAAAUAUACAUUUAUGUAUUAUAUACAAUUUUGGUAUCACAUGGACUCUUCAUGUUACACAGAGUCUGUCAAAAUCAAACUAAAAGCUAUAUUCAGAGUCUUGUAAAACAAUAGAACAAAAAUUUGGGAUAUUUUUUCAGUUAAUAAAAUUGCUCAGUGUAUUAAUUUAAAAUUUCAGAGUAUGAAAGCAUAUAAUGGUAAAUAUAGUAAAACAUUUUGUUAAAAUUCCAAUAUACAUUCAAUUUCAGUUUUUUGCUUCUAAACCUGUAUGUUGUAAUUUACCAGUCUUCCAGAAUAGUAUGUAAACACUGAACUAUGGCGUAUAAAUUGAAUACAGCUUUUUACAAUUAAUAUUCAAAGUUGUAAUUUUUUAAAAUUUAGUGUAUACAUAUAUUAAUAAAAGAACAGAAGCACAAAAUAGAAUGUCAGAUAUAGAAAUUAAUCGUGUUGAACCAUACACAUUUGAAGAAAAUCCUGUUCUUAAUAGAUUUUAUUAUGAUUUAAAAAGAACUUAAAAACUAACAUAGGGCAGGGAAAGACCAACUACUUACGAUAUAUUUUAUUUCCUCUUGUGGUUUAAUAAAGUGGAGUGUGUGUGUACCUGGGGUGGGCAGUGCUCUUUUUCUAAAACUAAUAUGCCUUUUAUGUUUGGGUUAUGCCCUUUGCAAUAAUUCUGUGUGUAUUUGGCUAUGGGCUGGUUUACUUUUCCACCAUCUUUGUAAUUUUGUGUAUCCCAUCUCCCUUGUGUGAAUUCAUAUAUUAUAGCAAAAUACAAGAGAACUAGGACUAUUUGCAGUGCCAUAUGGAAAAAUCUUUUAAUAAAUACAUGUAAAUGAAAUAAAAAAUAUUUGUUCCCACCUUUUCCCCUAGAGCAAGAGCAAGGCGUAUUUUGUUAGAUAUUUUAUUUUUAAUGUUUUCUAUAAUUUAAGAAUGUAUAGCUUGCCAUAAUUGUUAUUUUCAUAACUAUGAUACAGUUUUUUAAAAAAUGAGUUUUAUCUUAAAAUACUGAAAUGUUCUGACCUUUUAUAAAUGUUUUUAACUUUGUUUUAAAUAAUCCUAAAUUAUGGAGCUUGACGUAGAUUUGCCAAUAAACUUUACAGUCAAUU